AUUUCCAUUGUCAUUAACAAACCACACAUCAAAAACCACAUUAUUAUUACAUUAUUUUUACUUAUUAAACCGCAAUGGACUAUUUGAAUUGCAUAAACCACGACCACUUUUCGCCUGAAUUCAGCGAGUCACUGAGCGACCUUCUUAGCCACGGCCACGUCCUAUCGUGCAUCGAGCGCGCAGUCAAGACCAACAGCUACUGCGAGCAAACAAAAUACUGCUCAGUAGCAUAUGAAGUGCGUGUAAACACAGUCGAAGUCGACGGCCACUGGUACCACCGAUGCCUGACCGAAUCAAACCACCACAACUGGAACUGGCAAAAACAGCGCAUAUACAAAAACAACAUAUUCCCAAGCGCACCCAUUGAUUACGCCAGCGCCCAAGGGAAAAGCUCCCUAGGUCCAAUCAAAUAUUUAGUGGCCCGGCGGAUCCGCGCCAUACUGUUUAACCUGGCAUAUGUCGGCUGGGUUCCCAAUGUGCGUGCAGAGUACUACAAGGAGAUUGUGGCGCGGCAGAGGCUCGCGCAAAUGGAGCUUCCUGCUGUGAGCGCUUAUCUUGGGUGCGUUAUUGAAAAUGGGUUUAUUAUUGGUGUUGCUGUUGCUCGAUACUGGUGUUCGCUCGAGCGAGCGUUGGGCGGGAACAUCUCGUGCACUAAUAUGGACACUCGGGACCUUGUUGCCAGUAUAUCUACCAUGCAAAAAGGGGGACUAAUCAAGGCACCUGUGCUACCAUCGUCAGUUGUGCUGGACAAAUAUGGCCGGCUGAUUUUGGUCAGUGUGGAAUGCAUAUUUUCAGCUGACUGGUGUGGCGGAACCAAGCCGUGGGCAGAAGCAAUGGAUUGCAUCGAUGAUCAUUUGGAAAUGGCUAAGAGACACCCAUUGGGGCUUGUAUUUGCACGUAUUUGUGCCACAGUGCGGACAUUGGGACAAGCCAAGCUGCCGACAAGUAUGCGGCCAAACACUUUGACCAGGGGCCGCAGAAUGUGGGACCAGCGUCAGCAAGUGCAGAUUUUGCUAACAAGCUGCAACAGACAUGUUUGCAAGCACAGCGCCUUAAAAAACUCAAUUCACUCGACGCGGCCGCAGAAUACGCAUACCCUGUGGGUUUCUGAAAGCCAUUGUAGUGUUUAUAAUAAAACAAAUAUAUAAGAACUAAAAUAAUAAGGGGUUUUUACUUUUAAAACCUCGUCCAAGUAGUUUAAUAAAAUAAUUCAGUUAUCGAAAUUAGCGAUAGCUUCAAUAAUUUAUUUGUUUAUUAUGCAAACAUUUAAUAAACAACCAAAUAAGGGACAUCAAAAA